UGCCCCCCACUUGGGUGCUUUUGGUCUCUCCGAGGAGGAGGAAUAAGCCAAUCAAGCCAAUCGCUUCCUUUGCGCCCACAGUGCCAACCAAGAGCUGGUGCCCCCCUCCUGCGUUGAUUAUUUCUCUUGCGAUUCCCUCUAACGAAAGGCACCAGAGGAGGCUUUCCUUACAGGCAGACGGCACCAAGAGACUCCCCAAAGGUCUCCUUGCACCCAAACCAUGCUCAAUUCAUCCCACAGCAAAGAGGAGAUCCAGCCUCUCCGUUACCUAAGACCAGAAGCUAUUGCACUUGAGAAAGAGCUCAUGGAAGAGUUCAGAUUUGGUCAGCAGCAACUUAUUGAGAUUUGGGGCCACGCUUGUGCCAUGGCGGUCACUAAGGUUUUCCCCCGGAGGUCCCUCCCGAAAAAGCAGCCCACGCUUCUGGUGGUCUGUGGCUGUGAACAGAACGGCGCCAUUGGCUUGGCCUGCGCCCGGCACCUGCGUGUUUUCGAAUACGAGCCCACCAUCUUUUACCCGAAACGGUCCUCAAAUCCCCUUUACCGAGACUUCACCACCCAGUGCGAGAAAAUGGAUAUCCCCUUUCUUUCCUACCUACCCACAGAGGUUCAGCUAAUUAGUGAUGCCUAUAAUCUGGUCGUGGAUGCUGUCCUUGGAGUGGAGGCCAAUCCAGGCGAAAUCCUGGAGCCCUAUAGUACCAUCUUGGCCAUUCUCAAGCAAAUCCACGUCCCUCUUGUCAGCCUGGAUGUCCCUUCUGGGUGGGAUGUGGAGACGGGCAGCAGUGACGGCCUCAGCCCUGAUGUCCUCGUGUCGCUUUCGGCCCCAAAACAGUGCGCCACUCGCUUUGUGGGCAAACACCAUUUCAUCGCCGGCCGCUUCCUUCCGUACGACGUCCAGAAGAAAUUCGAACUCAAUUUGCCCGACUAUCCGGGCACGGAAUGCGUAGUUUCCCUUUAAAAUAAACACCGUUAUUCCCCUAUUUCCUUUACAGACCGAAUUCAAAGUCCUUAUCUAGACUCGAAGCGCAUUAUAGGGCCGUCGGAUUAUUCUAUAUGCUCCGUAUAUUGCAGUAACAUCUCUGGUUCCGAUUAAAAAAAAGAAUUAACCCAUA